AUGGGAUGCUACUCCCCAUACAGCCCCCAGGCCUGCCUAGUCCACCUCCUCAUGGCAUCCUCCCUGUACCCAGACACGCACAACAAGGGUGCCCAGGCCAGAAACAGGAAGGAGCAGCUCUUCGUCCUCCAGUUCCCAGGAACCGUAUCAGCCGACCCCCAACACCCCUCCCCAGAGCCUCACCUACAGGAGGACGGACACCUCGGACCCUCCCCGGUACCCGGUGCUGUAGGGAGCAACCUCAGCCCUGGACCUGGGAUGAGUGCCCUCGCCAGCCUGGGAUCAGGAGACAGGCUCUCCCUGGCUCAGCACCUGAGUGUCCACUCACAGGACACUCACCUGCAGAGGUGCCCUGAGCACCGUUAUGCCCAAGACAGCUGCUCCAUGCGCUGUGGCGCCCUGGACGGGCCGUGUUCCUGCCACCCGACAUGCUCCAGCCUUGGCACCUGCUGCUUAGAUUUCUGGGACUUCUACCUGAAGAUCUUGCCCUACUCAGGCUCCAUGAUGGGCGGCAAGGACUUUGUGGUGCGGCACUUCAAGAUGUCCAGCCCCACAGACACCAGUGUGAUCUGCAGGUUUAAGGAGAGCAUCCAGACCCUCGGCCAUGUGGACUCCUCCGGGCAAGUGCACUGUGUGUCACCCCUGCUCUAUGAGAGCGGCCACGUCCCCUUCACCGUCUCACUGGACAACGGCCACUCCUUCCCUCGUGCGGGCACCUGGCUGUCUGUGCACCCCAACAAAGUGUCGAUGAUGGAAAAGAGCGAGUUGGUGAACGAGACGCGUUGGCAAUACUAUGGCACCGCCAACACCUCAGGCAACCUCAGCCUGACCUGGCACAUCGAGGCGCUGCCCACACAGACCGUCACCAUCGAGCUGUGGGGCUAUGAAGAGACAGGAAUGCCCUACUCACAGGAGUGGACUGCAAAGUGGUCGUACCUGUACCCCCUGGCCACACACAUCCCCAACUCCGGCUCUUUCACCUUCACCCCAAAACCUGCUCCUCUCAGCUACCAGAGAUGGCGAGUGGGUGCACUUUGGAUCAUUGACAGCAAAAAUUACGCGGGGCAGAAGGACGUGCAGGCGCUCUGGACCAAUGACCACGCGCUGGCCUGGCACCUGAGCGAUGACUUCCGAGAGGACCCUGUGGCCUGGGCACGCACUCAGUGCCAGGCCUGGGAGGAGCUGGAGGAUCAGCUGCCCAACUUCCUGGAGGAGCUGCCGGACUGCCCCUGCACCCUGACCCAGGCCCGGGCUGACUCCGGCCGCUUCUUCACAGACUACGGCUGUGACAUGGAGCAGGGCAGCGUGUGCACCUACCACCCCGGGGCCGUGCACUGUGUGCGCUCUGUGCAGGCCAGCCCUCGGUGUGGCUCGGGUCAGCAGUGCUGCUACACAACAGAUGGGACGCAGCUCCUGACGGCUGACUCCAGCAGCGGCAGCACUCCCGACCGUGGCCAUGACUGGGGCGCACCCCCAUUCCGCACGCUACCCCGAGUGUCCGGCAUGUCUCACUGGCUCUACGAUGUCCUCAGCUUCUAUUACUGCUGCCUCUGGGCACCCGACUGCCCCCGCUGCAUGCAACGGCGGCCCUCCAACGACUGCCACAACUACCGGCCCCCGCGACUGGCCUCCGCCUUCGGAGACCCACACUUUGUGACCUUCGACGGCACCAACUUCACAUUCAAUGGGUGCGGAGAGUACGUGCUGCUGGAGGCAGUACUGACUGACCUGAGGGUGCAGGCACGGGCCCAGCCUGGGAGGAUGUCCAACGGCACGCAGACCCAUGGCACGGGGCUGACUGCAGUGGCCGUCCAGGAGGGCAAUUCAGACGUGGUGGAGGUCAGGCUGGCCAACGGGACCAGAGGUCUGGAGGUGCUGCUGAACCAGGAGAUUCUGAGCUUCGCCGAGCAGAGCUGGAUGGACCUGAAGGGAAUGUUCCUGUCGGUGGCUGCCAGGGACAGGGUCUCCAUCAUGCUGGCAUCAGGGGCCGGCCUGGAGGUCAGCGUGCAGGGCCCGUUCCUGAGUGUGUCCGUCCUGCUGCCUAAGAAGUUCCUCACCCACACCCACGGCCUCUUUGGGACACUGAACAACGACCCCACCGACGACUUCACCCUGCGCAGCGGGCGCGUCCUGCCCCUGGGCAGCAGUCCCCGGGAGCUGUUCCUGUUUGGGGCUGACUGGGCCGUGCACAACGCGUCCUCCCUGCUCACCUACAACUCCUGGUUCCUGGUCCACAACUUUCUGUACCAACCCAAGCACGACCCCACCUUCGAGCCCCUCUUCGCCGGUGAGACCACCCUCAACCCCAGCCAGGCACAAGAGGCAGCCAAACUAUGUGGCGAUGAUCAUUUCUGCACCUUCGAUGUGACGGCCACUGGGAGCCUGAGCACGGGCAAUGCCACUCGAGUGGCCCACCAGCUGCACCAGCGUCGCAUGCGGAGUCUGUAGCCAGUCGUGUCCUGUGGCUGGCUGGCCCCACCUCCCGACGGACGAAAGGAGGGCAACAGGUAUCUGGCGGGUUCCACCAUCUACUUCCACUGUGACAACGGCUACAGCCUGGCCGGGGCAGAGACCAGCACCUGCCAGGCUGAUGGCACCUGGUCCUCACCCACCCCGGAGUGCCAGUCAGGACGCAGCUACGUGGUGCUGUUGGGCAUCAUCUUUGGGGGCCUCGCGGUGGUGGCGGUGGUUGCGCUUGUCUAUGGGCUGCUGCGACGCAGGAAGGGCAACAUGUGAGACCCCCCAGCCCCUGUCCCGAGACCCCGGGGCAGCCGGUGGGACCGCCAAGUCUACUUCUAACUGCCCAGCCUGGAAACAGGAACCUAAAAAGUAUUAAUGACGGAGAUAGGAGAGGGAUGGGGCCCUGCUCAUUUUGUCUGGAGCUUAACCCACUUGAGGUAAAAGUUUGUGGCUGGCAGAGAGGUUGGUAAAUGACGGAGAAAUUGCAAGAAGGAGAGAAGCACUGAUUGUAGGAACCCCAAAUUCUAAAUACAACUGAGGACAAAGCCCUGGCUGCUCCUGCACUCUGUGUUGGGGGGAGACUGUACCGAGCCCAGCUUCCAACUCACUUGGUCAAAUGAGGAAACUCUCUGGGAAAAACGCAGUCUCUACAGUCAGCACUGCUUGGGGAGGAGAGUGGC